GACCUCUCUGAUAAACCAAAAACAACACUUGUUACUAUUUAGAGAGAGAAAAUAAGCAGUGAAUAGUGGAGCACUUAUGCAUACACAUUCAUUAUAUAGUUAGUUGUAUUCUUAUGCAUAUGUAGGGAGAGAGACGUCGGCAAAUUUGAUGAGAGUUGAAGCUGAGCAAAAUUUGCAGUAUUUGAUCUUCCAUUUCAUGAAUUACUCGGUGUAAGUUGCAAGAGAAUUAUUCGCAGACGCACUACCACUCGAUUACUUUAGCGCAGAUCACUCUGUAAACGGCCGGAGUUGCAUUUUUAUGCUGGUUUUCGUGCUCGUGCGCUGCCCGAGAUUGUAUAAUUUGGGGCUUGCUUGAGUAUUAGAGCUGUGAUGUGUGUAAUUUGAGCUAAGAUUGUUUGUGCGCUGCUCCUAAUUUAUGUCGAAAUGAGUUUGGGGUAAAUUCUCGCUGGGGUUUUGUAUGUGUAAUGUUUAGAAUUAGAGAGUCUGCUUACAUGCAAGGAGUCUUUAUGGUUUCUUCUGCUAGUCGAAUUUGGUACCUCCAGGAAAAAUGUUGUUGCUGAUGCAUGUUUAAUUCUGUCGCGGUAGUUGCUUCCUUUUAAAAGAGCUGAAUUAAUUUCAAUUUUUAUUGUGGCAAUUUGAUGAGUGUGUGUCUGUUUUCGUUUUUUUCCUUUUCCCUUUGUUUUCUUUUUCUUUUCUUUUUAUUUGGUAGUAAUUAGAGAAAUUAGUGCAUAUUUCUGAUUUUAGUUCCAGAAAAGUAUAACAGCAUUAAAGUUUGGCUGUUGUUGCCUUUGUUAUUGGAAAUGCCUUGUCAUGAAAUUUGUUAUUGUACAUCCAUAUCCUAUUCCCUUUUGAUGGAUUCUCAACUUAUUACAUUAGCCUUGGGGUUAUGCUGUUGGCAAUUGAAGUUCAUUAAGUCAGAAUGAUGUUCAUCAUAACAGCAAAUCAUGCCAUAUGGAACUAAAACGAUCACGAGAGAGACAUAUCGAGUCAAUUAGAGUGACCAUGCUUUAGUUUUUUUGUUAUUAAUAUGUCCAAUUGAUCAACACCUUUUUAACUGUUAUUGAGCUCUGAAUGACUUUUUGGUUGUAUCUUGUUUGUGCCCUUCCUAGCCAUGUUUCUUAGGCACUUUGCCAAGUUCGUACUCUCCAUUUGUCUCAAUGUAAUUGUAUUUGGAUGCAGUUGGCUAUUCCAAAUACAUUACCCCUGGCUCGCCUGACUUGAGUGAGAAUACCUAAGUUUAUGAAUGAAAGGAUGUUGCAGCGUCAGAUGUUUAAGCAAUUGCAGGAAAUGCAGCGAAGACAACAACUCCAGGAGUUGACCAAUGCUAGAAACCAGAACUAUGUAAAUCAACUAUCAUCAGUGAAACAGUCAUCAAGUGGUCAAUUUUCUCCUACUGUCAAUGGAACACCAAUGCAGGAUCCGUCAGGAAUGUUUAUGACCGGUAACAUGAUGCAACACAGUGGAUCCAAUGGAUUAGUACUUGGACGAAGUCCUGCUGGCCUAUCUCAGCCUCAGUUGGACCUAUCUUUAUAUGGGAAUCAUACUCCAAACCCCGACAAGAAUUUGAAUCAGUAUGCUCACCUUCAGGGCCCAUCUAAUCUUUCGACCAAUAGUAGUCCUUUGGGAAUGGUCUCCAUGCAGCCUUCAGGCUUCAGAAACUCAUUCAUGAGUCAACAUUUCAAUUUUCCUGCUGAUCAAAUCAACAUGACAGACGUGUCGGUUCAUCAUUCUAAUCAAGAGAAGGACUUGUUUGGUCAAGCUCCCACUGAAGGUUUACAUAGUGCAGGUUUGUCUGGAAGCUACUCCGAGCAAGGAACUAGAAUGCAGGGACAUGCAUCAGCUCUAGAAUGUGAAGGGAGGCAUGAAGAUCCAGGUUGGGGUGGGCUUCCUGCUGGAACAACAUCAAACUUUGGCAUGUCAGUGGUGGAUGAUUCUCUAGACCCAUUGGAACAGAAAAUCUUGUAUAACACAGAUGAUGACAGCUGGGGAUCGUUCAGAAGAAGCAGCAAAGUGAGCACAGGAGGCUUUGCAGGUAUGAUGGAAAACAUGUCUGACUUGGAUGGAUCGCCUUCUAUACAAAGUGGUAGCUGGAGCGCUCUAAUGCAGUCUGCUCUCGAAGAAACUUCUGGAAAUGAUCCUGGGGUACAAGAAGAAUUGAGUGGAUUGAGCUCCCAGAAUCCAGAACCAUUGAAUGACAAUCAGCUCCCAAAGUCCAAUGAUAGCAAAAGGCUGCAAAAUAAUUGGGUUAACAGAAACUCCCCAAAUGCUGUCUCUCCAAGGUCAAAGCCACAGCAAAUGGCCCAGAAUUUCAAUAUGAACUCCAGCUUUGCUAAUUUUCAGCAAUCGGGUUACGAGUAUCAGAAACAGAAAGAAGAAUAUUAUUCUGAGUUUUCUCAUGCCACUGCUCAGAACUCUCCAAGAAGUACGAGCAUGUUACCUGACUAUAACACUCCACAGAAGCUUCCCAGUGGAAGGACCCCUGUUAUUCACACAUCUUUGCCAUUGCCAAACAUGUGGCCUGGUCAACAUAAGGAGAACCCAAAUAAUGAUGCACGCGAGGCUAUCCUAUUGUCAUGCCCUAGUGACAACCAGCUACACAAUGAUUUUUCAGGUCAAGAAUCCAAAGGUGCUUUUUGGCUUCAAGGGAGUACAUCACAUCAUGUGCCUGGUGGCUUCCAAAAGAAACACGAUCAGGUGAACCAGGUAAACACUCAUGGGUACUCGGUUCAUCCAGAGAUUAUGACCUCUGGAGUUAAUAUGGAAGCUGCAUCAUCAGUGUUAAAUGUUCAUUUAGAACGUCCUGGUGAAAAUAUGACUGCUCCGAGGUCUUCGGAUCCUCAAACUUCUCAGACACACUCAGUUUUCCCAUCCUUAUCCAUGGCGGCCUCUAGUUCAACGACUCUAUCAAGUCAUAUUGUGAAUGAUCAUGUUGAAAACCAGCAUCAACCUUCACCUGUUCCUAGUCGCAUGAAUGCUGAAGUCCCACUUUCUGGGAACGUGGCUGUUGCACAACCCUCUUUGACAUCAGAUAGGCUGCAGCAUGCGGGAUUUCAGAUGGGGCAACAUACUCAAUGGCAGGGUAUGGCCUUACAGCAAGAUACAUCUUCCCCGGGAUCUUACAUAUUUUCCUCUAGUUUGUUUGGCUCCCCUGAUUCAGCAUCUAACACUACAAGGGCUAGCUCAGCAGCUACAAAUGGGCCGCAUUACCUGAACUAUUCUCAACAAAUAUACAAUGCAAAACAAUAUUCAGGUAAUUUAGCUGGGCUUGAUCAGAGAUUAGAGAAAGGAAGUUCUAUUCAUGAAGGGUCAACUGAUAUAAAUAGCUCUACAUCCCUCAGCAGUAAUAUUCAAAAACAAGAACAUUUUAGAGAUCAUGGCUUGGAUGCAGGUUCUAUUGGCUCUGGUUCAUUGAUGACUGAUGAUGGUAAGAGCUUUCCUCCUAAACCUGACAGUGUGAAUUAUCAGCAUCCAAAUGCCAAUCUCGAGGAGCUGUUCUUGAGUGGACAGGAUUCUGGAAACAAAGGUGUAGCAAAAACUGACCUGAGUGGAGUAUCAUUCCUUGACACAUAUUCAUCUGGGGAUAGUAAAGGGUGGAAACCUGCUCAAGGGGGCCAAGAUGUUGGCAGUAAAAGACCUUCUAAUGCAGUACAUCCAUCACGUAUCAGUUUGCCGAUGGUCCAAUCCUGGUUUAAACAGCCUGAGACCUUGAAGAACGGACAGAGGUUGCCAAUAUAUGAUUCACGAGCUGCAAUUCAGGCCACACAACUAUCCUCUGAAAUGACUCAUGGAACCUUGCAGGAUAACAGUUUGAAUAUGCAAGUAAAUUUGGCUGAUGCUAGUCAAGGAAAUGGGUUACUUUCACCUCCAUCUAGGAACCCUGUACUGCAUAAACAAUUAAACCCCGCUUCUAUGUUGCCUUCAUCUGCCAGUCACCAAAACUUAGCUGUUACAUUGCAGAAGAAACGGAAACUUGUUGCAUUUAACAUGGUACCCUGGCACAAGGAAAUUAAUAAUGACCAGUUGUGGCCCCAAGAUAUCAGCACCGCUGAGUUUUCAUGGGCACAAGCUGCAAACAGAAGAGAAGAAGAGGUAAUUUCUGAGGCUGAAAUUGUAGAAGAGUUGCACCCAGUGAUUCAAGCAAAAAGACGGUUGAUUUGUUGUACGCAACUUAUGCAACAAGUCUUUCGACCUGCACCAUCAAUUAUUAUUUGUAUGGAUUCCAGUUCAAAUUGUGAUUAUCUAGCGUAUUAUGCGGCUAGAUUAACAUUAGGAGAUGCAUGUAGCUUGACUGGCCAAUUCCCUCCUGAUUCCAUGGAUGAGUCGGAUUCACAUGACAAACCAGAAACUUCAGGGAAAACUGGUGCUUGUAAGUUCUCAAAAGUUGUAGAAGAUAUUGUUUGUCGAACGAAGAAGCUUGAAGGUGAUUUAAUGAGACUGGAAAAAAGCCUAUCAAUUGUAGACAUCAAAGUGGAAGCCCAGGAAUUGGAGAAAUUCUCUACCAUCAACCGCUUUGCGAAGUUCCACAUCAGGGCACAGCCAAGUUCAGUAGGUUCGGAAACCUCCUCCAGCGCAUCAGCUUUGCACAAAACUCCCCCUCAAAGAUACGUAGCAGGGCAUCCAAUGCCUAAUAUAGUACCAGAAAGUGUUGAUUGUCUUUGUUUGUAAUAUGGAACGAAAUAGAAACUUAUGCUACGGCCAUGAUUCCUCGUCUCCUUAUAUUAAGAUCUGCAGUUUUCUGACAUGUAAAAGUCGAAAAGAGGACACAAAAUGCCCCGGAGGUGAAUGCAAGUUUAGACCAGGUGACCUUCUCUAA